AUGUCGUAUCCAACAUUCGUCAACCAACAUCUUCCCCAUCUCAACACGCCCAGCAGACGCGUUCAGUCUGCCCUAUCCCUACCCGCCAGUCAAGCUGAACAGGCUGCCCAUCAGUCUCUGCCGUGGCUACCGCCGCUAGACAACGACCGUCAGCGCGCCAUGGCAGAUUCACAGUACUACAUGCCGCCGUCGCACCGUCGUCACGACAAUGGCUCGGAACGCGCGGGCGACCGGGGAAGCGGCAACAACGCUUCAGUAGCUCACCUUGGCGUCAAGCGCGAAUCAACAUGGCGUCCUGGUGCGUCUACGAGCUCGGGUUCGACCAGCCAGCCAAACGCGGCGUCGGUGCCGUCGUCGUCCUCGCGCCCAGCCAACGCGUGGGCUAGCCGCGACUCGCCGCGCAGCUCGUCCCCGGGUCCCAGCCACGGAGCGUACCGUGCCCGCACCGACGCAUACUACGAGCCCCCAGAUGUCUCGACCUCGACUGGAUAUCGUACAGAUGACCGCGACAGGGACAGAGGGAAUGGACGCCGCGCCGACAGCCGUGACCGUGACAGAGAUCGUGAACGUGAGAGAGAUCGUGACCGAGACUCUCGAGAUGUCCGGGAUAGAGACACCGAGCGAGACAACAACCGUGGCGGCCGUGAUGCUUGGAAAAAGAGGGAGACGAGAGACGACGACCGAGGAAGCUGGGACGACUACCGCCAGCGCAUGGCCAACAAGCGCCGCGCCGCCAGCCCUGACCGCGACGACGACAGGGACCGUGGGCGUGAUCGUGGAGGAUGGGCGGCGCGCCGCAAAGACAAGGACGACGACGACAGGCGCUGGGGCCAGAGGGCCGACGACCGGGACCGCGGUGACCGUGAUCGCAACGACCGCGAACAAGGCUGGGGGCGUCGCGCCGCCGUUGGCGGCCGCGCAGCUUCCCCGGACGACCGGGAUCAACGAAGGGACCGCUCGCGCUCGCGCGACCGUUCUCCUCCACCGAGGCGUGCGCGUCGCUCGAGCCUGAGUGACUCGGAUUCUGACAAAGAACGUGAUAAGAGACGUUCACCGCCUCGCUGGCGCUCGCCAUCGCCCGAACCCGUCAAGCGACGUGCACCUCCCUCGCCUCGUUUGCCUGACGCAAAACGUGCACGUGACUAUUCUCCACCCCCGCCUCGCCGAGGGCGGUCGCCGAGCCGCUCGAGCUCGCGUUCGCGCUCGCCCACCCCUCCUCGCCGCGCCGCCCGCGGGAGUUCUCGUGAGAGGGAGAGGGCCCGCUCACCCGACUCGCCACCACGCUCCUAUGACUCGCGUGCUGGUGCUGGAGCCGGGAGGUGGCAAGACAGGGAGCGUGACCGGUCGCCAGACCGGGCACCAGAAAGGACCGCAGAGAGGGCUCCCGAGCGGCAACACGAGCGGCCCGUGGAGAGGGAUCGACUGGACCGCGACCGCGAGAGAGACCACUGGCAGCAACCUGCGCCGCGUGGUCCUCGUGACGACAAUCGCUUCGGCAACCGCCAGCAGUUUGCGCCAAGCAACCGUCAGCCAUUCUCACAGCAAGCUGAGCGCCAACCAUUCUCACAGGAGCGUCAACCUUCAUUACAAGAUCGACAGUCGUCCUCGCAGGACAGACAGCCGUUGUCACAGGGCCGCCAGCCUUUGUCGCAGGACCGCCAGCCGUUGUCACAGGACCGCCCGCCUUUGUCGCAGGAUCGCCAACCGUUCUCACAGGGGGAGCGCCAGCAUUUCUCCUCGCAGACAGAACGCCAUCACUUCUCCUCGCAGGGUGAUAGGCAAUCUUUAGCGUUACCGCCCAACCGGUUUGCACAAGUCUCACCCAGCCGCUUCUCGGAUGUGCCUCCCAACCGCUUCACUCAGGUGUCAGAGGCCCCUGUCAAAAUGCGCCAGUGGGGUCGGCAAGCCAGUGCCAGUCGCUCGCCCUCGCCACCACCUGCGCGUCGGUCGCCCAUUCCUCCACCGAGGGAACGGUCGCCUCAGCCUGCGAGGCAGCCCGACGCGGGGUCAGGAUGGCGUCGUGUUGAGCCGCGUGACCCACCUCCGCCUGCUGGUUUUAGACGCGCUCCACCAACGGGUCCCCGUGGUGGUACUGGAGCCCCUGGAGCCCCGCCACCGACAGGCCCAUCCAACGGGCACUCCACACCGGUGCGUACCCCACUCAGCGGCGGCGUGAGUCCUAGCAAGCGGUCCCCGUGGCAGCAGCAGCAGCAGCAGCCAAACCAGCAACGCCGUGCGUCAUUCGGCCGGACGUUUGAGGACGUGCCGCCACUCAACAGGCGCCCGAUUAACGGUUCACCUCCGCGUCGCAAGUCGCCUGAGCCAGAGUCGGACGUUCCUGAGAUCGAGAUGGAGGACGAGGAUUCGGCGCCACCGUCGAUGCCUGCGUCUAGGCCACACUCUCCCAAGAGGUCAGACCCUUCCCAGGAGCGUGCAGCGAUGUAUCUGGACCGCCUGGCCGACAAAGAGCGCCAGUACGACCAACACUUGAGUACCAUUUCACCCUACGUCACCGCGGCCUUUGCACAGUGGUAUACGCAAAACGCUACACCUGCCUUGCCUGAGUUCCUGGUCCACUACUUUAGCCGCCAGCCAAGCAAUAUCGAGCUCGAACAAGUUCAUCAGUUACUUCAGCGGCGCACGCAGCUUGCGCGCGACCAACAAGAGCUCCGCCACUUGCAUGAGCAAGCCUUGCGGAUCGAGGCAAGCGUUCCUACCAUCGCGGCCCCCCUUACCGCCUUGACAGGCCCGUCUCCCGCUGGGACCCCGUCCUCCGACUCUACGUCGCGUCCGCCCCGCUCCUCACGCAAUGUCACUGGCGAGGCCUACGAACGCCUCUCUCAAGUCGGUGAGGGCACGUAUGGCAAGGUGUACAAGGCACGCAACGUUGGGGACGGCAGCCUCGUGGCUCUCAAGCGAAUCCGCAUGGAGCAGGAAAAGGACGGAUUCCCUGUCACGUCUAUGCGCGAGAUCAAGCUCCUUCAAGCCUUGCACCAUCCCAACGUUGUCCGUCUCCGCGAGAUGAUGGUCUCGAAGGGAUCCGUGUACAUGGUGCUCGAGUAUAUGAACCACGACCUCACUGGUAUCCUCUCACACCCCGAGGUGUCACUCUCUGCGGCCAACAUCAAGUCGCUCAACCACCAAAUGCUCUCUGGUCUUGGGUACCUGCACCGCCGCGGUAUCUUGCACCGUGACAUGAAGGGUUCCAACAUUUUGCUCAACGGCGCUGGCGAGCUCAAGCUGGCCGACUUUGGCCUCGCGCGAUGGUACCACAAGCACAAGCGGGACGACUACACGAACCGCGUCAUCACCCUGUGGUACCGCUCGCCCGAGCUGCUCAUGGGCGAGACGUGCUAUGGCCCCGAGGUGGACACGUGGUCUGCAGGCUGCAUCAUGCUCGAAAUCUUCACUACCAAGCCCGUGUUCCAGGGCAGUGACGAGAUCAACCAGCUGGAGGUUAUUUAUUCCAUUCUUGGCACGCCCAGCGCGUCGCAAUGGCCUGGCAUGACCGAGUUGCCGUGGUACGAGCUUGUGCGACCCAAGGAAGCCAUGGCCUCCCGCUUCCGUGCGAGCUUUGCCAAGUGGCUCUCGCCUGGAGCCAUCGCUGUCAUCGAGGGUCUGCUCGCGUUUGACCCGUCCCAGCGACUCUUGGCUGAUGACGCCCUCGCCAUGCCGUACUUCACCGCCGAGGAGCCCGCCAUGGAGCGGCCCACGCAGCUGGCCGAAUGUGGCGAACACCACGAGAUGAGCGUCAAGCUUGAGCGCCACCGUCGGCGUGAGAAGCAGUAG